AUGCACCAGACAAUAUACCAAAUCCAUCGGACCCAUGGAGCGCCUAUGAUGACAACACGAUCAUUGACACCGAAGACGAGAAAAAUCUUUUCGUGCCAAAACCAUACAGACCAGGCAGCAAAGAAAAGUCAACCACAACAACAAGGCCUCAUAUCACCGCUCCUCCAACGACAAUCCGAACAAUUCCUUUCGUCCAAACGACGCCAGCUCCUCGACAACCUAUCCAAUCGGUGCAACAGAAUCAAUUCGGACGUCAACCUACCCCCCCUGCUGCACCACCACGUGUCGUUCCUACGCCACCACCAAGGCAACCCCUGCCUGUUCAACCUCAAGUUGCACCUCAACCUCAACCGCAUCUGCCUCAACAACCUCAACCACUUCGGCCGAGAACCAGGCGCCCACCUAUUCGACCUCCUACACCUGCACCAUUCCAACCUCAACAGCAAAACUUCAACGUCCAACAGUCGCUUCAAACACCACCGCCACAAGUUCAGCAGCCUUUCCAAAAUCGACAGCCCCCAUUCGUCCCACAACAACCUCAAUUCCAAACUCAACGACCACAGCAGUUCCCACAACAGUUCCAAACACCUCCACCGACUACACCUGCACCCACAAUUGCCAUUUGCAAGCCAACAAAAUCUGCGAACUGGAGUGUGCCCCAUGUCGAUCUUCUACAUCUCAACACCGAUCAGUGGACCAACGCGGCUUUCUUUCACUCACUUCGCCAUCGCCGUCACUGUCGACCAGUGCGCACGAACAUGCCACGAAUUCAACUGUGCGAUUGCCCACUACAAUCCUACCAAUGGACACUGUGAAUUCAAUCCAUCAACAGCAUUCGCCAUCCGGAAUGGACAGUGCCCCGCUUGGCCAAGCUUGCAUUACAGAAACAACGUCGUUGCGAGUGAACCAGUGCGAAUCUUCUGCGUGACAUGUCAACGACCACGUCGACGACAAAACCGGCAGCGAAACCUCGGACUCAGGCAACGAGCAAAAGAUCCUCGCCAAGUGCCCAACUCCCGACGAGGGGCUAUUCGA